CAGUGGGCAGUACAGUAGGAUUUAAGACUAGACAGGAUGUGGAUGGGUUACGUGUGUUCAGAAAUUGUUUAAACACGGUUUUAACUUAUUUGAGUUAACUAUCGAUAAGGUAGUAAUUUGUCAAUAUUCAGAUCUUAAUAACGCAAAUUUAUGCACUCGGCUGCUGUCAGUUACAAUCAUAAAACUAAUAUUACGAUGAUGAUUAAUAAUACACCGACUUUAAUAUUCAACUGAUAUAGCAUUAUUAAAAACUCGGUUCAAGCAGAAAAUGACAGAGAGUUUGAUAAAUGAAUGGUUGGCAGAUUGUGGAGAUAUAUCACCUUCUAAACUUCAUACUUUUGCUACUACGUUAUCUCAAGACAAUGAAAUAGUUAGAGCACUUUAUGUACUGCUCGAAGAGCGCAGUAAAUAUAGCCAGCUUGUAGAUACAGUUUGUAAUCAACUAUUUGACUUCUAUCGUUCUCAAGAGAUAGAACUCAGAAGAUUUACUUUGCAAUUUCUACCUACGCUAAUAUUUAUUUAUCUAAACUCUGCUGCCCAUGGUGAUAUUAAGAAUUGCCGCACAGUUGAAACUCUUCUAAUUGGGUUAUAUAAUCUUGAGGUAGUGGAUAAAUCUGGACAACAAAAGGCAGUUUCUUUUCGAUUACCAUCUCUUGCUAUGCUAUCCAUAUAUCAUGAGCCAGCCAGCUUGACACCGGCUUCCUUAACCGAAAGUGCGGUGCGUCGUUUCGAAGAAUGCAAUACAAAACUUGUUAGUUGGGGUCCUUUACGUCAAGUAGAAACUCUGAAUGCUCAAAAUAGAUUAAAAGUGAUGACUGCUCUACUUUUUAUUUAUAACCAACAACUGGGCUAUAUAAAUAAGUUUGCUUUGGAGCAAUUGUGCAAAGUUGCAACAAAGCUUGUCACUCAAGGUUUCACAAAACCAGGACAUCAUCAACGAUCUUCGUAUGGCAGUGAAUCUAGCUUUGUUCCAAGACUUCUGCCUCGUAUACCUGUUUCGACUCAAUUUCUUCUUGAAUUUCUACAUGCAGUAUAUUUCGCAAUGUACAAUGAUUGUUGGUAUGUUGCGAAUCAAGCUGUGGAGGAUAUACAUAACAGAGCAUGUUAUGAAAUGUAUCCUGAUGUAAUGUUGGUUACAAAUGCCAUACGAAAUUCUGCCAAUUCUGGACCAUCUGGUCAAUCAAGUGAUGGAUCUAUUGGUAUCUGCGUUGCAUUGUCCUCUGUAACUGCAACUCCAACAAUAUCGAAAUCUAUGAUUACAAAUGCCUCUUUUCGCACUAAAAAAUUACCAGAUGAUAUACCUAUUCAAGUUGUAAAGGAAGAUUCCAGUGGAGAAGGCAAAGGUAAUUUGGUCUCGAUCACAGAAGAGCAAGAAUCAAUGGAACCGAAUCGUACUGGUUCGAUGCGACAAACAAAGGAUCAAAAAGCUUCAUCAAAAAUGACUAAUUUUCCAGUACUUGGAAAAAAACCUAAAGAAAGAGAUGGAAAAGUAACAAAGAAUCCUCAUAAUACAAUAUCCGAUAAGGAAAAGAGACUCGGAUCACAAAAUACAUCAAAAGAGAAUAUCAAAGGAAGUAGUUCAAUGUUAAAUAGUGAACAAUCAGAAGUUGAUAUAAAUAUUAAUGGCUGUAUGAACAGAAAGAAGAAUAAUAGUGUGGAAAAUAAUUCAUUUGGAACUGAAAGUGUUACUUUAAUGGAUGGAGAACGACUUGGAUUAAGUGGGGAUACUGGAGACAACAACAUUAAUAUAGAAACUUCUAUCAACUUAAGGGCGCAUAACGAAUCAGAAUCACUGACUUCUUCAAUUCAGGUUAGCUCUGUUUGAACAAGAUAAAAACAAUCUAGAACAAAAAGUCAACAGAGAGAGUAGUGGGCUAAACUAGACAUUUUCAACUGUCCUUGUAUAUAGAAAUACCAUAUUAAUAAUUUGUAUAUGCUACUAGAAACAAUUUCUUUAUUAGUAUUAAUACAACAAUUAAUUAAAUAUUUGUGAGAAUAUAAGAAAUUUAGAUAAAUACAGUACUACAAAUUGUAAAAUGCACAAGUUCAAAUAGAUUUCUUGUUAGAAGAAAACAGCCCACUACUUCAUUGAUCUCUACAAUUAGUUUAAAAAUGGCGAAGGGAACAAUGAAAUUAAUAUUGUAUUUUUCCUUUUUUUUUUUUCCUUUUUUU